GCCCGCAGCUGACCACACGGAGCAACGUGAGCCACGCACACCAGAUUUACAACCAAGCACGAGAGAAGGAAAUGGUUGUGGCGGAGGCCGGCGACGAGAGGAGCCUGUCGAACAUGGUGCUGGGGUUCUACGAGGAGGCCGACCGGGAGCGGCGGCCCGAGGACGAAACCACCGUCGGCGACGGCGGCUGCAGCGACGACGAGAGGGCCGGCGGCGGCGCCGCCGCCGAGAGCAGCGCGUUCUGGGCGGAGCAGCUCUCCCAUUUGCAUGAGGUGCUGGGCAAGACGAGCUCGGCGGAGAGCCGGAUCCGGGCGGACACGGAGGAGGCCGUCAGGCAUGCGCGGUCCGGCACCGCCACCGCGGCAGCUGGCGUCUGCUCCUCCUGCGCGACCCGCGCGACGGCCGGCGGUGGGUGCCGGGGCUGCACGCUCCGGUCCGUCGCGGCGCGGCUGCGCGACGCCGGGUACGACAGCGCCGUGUGCCGGUCCAGGUGGGCGCGCUCGGCGGAGUUCCCCGCGGGGGAGCACAGCUACGUGGACGUGGUGGUGCCGACGAGGAGCGGCAGGGCGGUGCGGGUGGUGGUGGAGCCCAGCUUCCGGGCCGAGUUCGCCAUGGCGCGCGGCGGCGCCGGGUACGGCGCGCUGGUGGCCGCGCUCCCGGAGGCGUUCGUGGGCAGGGCGGAGAAGCUGCGCGCCGUGGUCGCGGCCAUGUGCGCCGCCGCGAAGCGGUGCGCGCGGGAGAGCAGCCUGCACAUGGCGCCCUGGAGGAAGCGCCGGUACAUGGAGGCCAAGUGGCUCGGCACGCCGGACCGCCUCCUGCCGGCCGCCGGUUCCCCCGUGGCGGCCGGAUCCCCGGAGAGCGAGAAGCAGCGCAGGUUCAGGGCCUCCAUGCUGACGCUCGACUUCGGCGGCCGGACCGCGGUGGAGGUUGCCUGAGUGGUCGAUCGCACCUGGAGAUGGCUGCAACCUGUGAACUGCCGGCCUAAGAAAUUACCACGAAUACAUACAUACAUACAUACCUAUGAAUUGAAUUCUCGUGUGGGAAUACACUGUUUGCUUGCUCCCUCGGUGAUCAAAACCGCCAAGGAUGCAGCUGCUCCUUCAUUUA